AUGACGCUGCCCGACCAUGCCACCUAUCCUCCAGCAUGGUAUCGCCGGCUCCCCAGACCUCCCACCGAGCAUAACCUUGCCCUACGUCGGACGUCGCUACUUUCCCAGCAUCACCUGUUCCGUGACCGUGACCUUGAUCGUGAUCGUGAUCGCUCUUCUCGCCACGCUUCACCAGAAGAUGUGCCUCGGAGAAACACGGUACAUCUUCCUCACAUCUCAGAGCAUGUUCUCAGCCCAGCAAAACAUGUAGAGACCGACAAGCCGACUGCAAAUGGUGGACUGGAGCAUCGGGCCUCGCCUUUGCAGAGAGAGCAUCAUCACCUGGAAAUGGCAGAGGAGCGAGGGAAGAACGACAAUUCCUUGACCGUUGAUGCUCACCCACGAGAUCACCUCUGUCUGUGCCCGCCAGACCCGAAGAUUCCACGACCGCGAAAUUCAUUCAUCCUGUUCCGUCAACACCAACAAGCCAGCAUCCUCGCACAGAAACCCGGGAUUCCCAAUCCGGAGGUGUCAAAGAUUAUCGGAGAACAAUGGAGGCGCCUGUCAGCCGAGUCCAAGGAGGAAUGGAAUUUGCUUGCAGAAGAAGAGAAAGCCCGCCAUCAACAGCAAUACCCAGGCUACCGUUAUCAGCCUCGUCGCAACGGUCGAAGCAGCAAUCAAUCCUCGGUGUCUGGUCCAUCGUCUGCAGAACCGCAAGAGCCUUGUCCCAAGUGUGGAGGGAAGCCGAUGAACUAUUACAGCAAUCCCACUCCUGCUCCCAUAUACACUCCGCCAGCAUCAGCGUCUUCCCAGCCGCCGCCGCCAACACCGCAGCACAACACUGCCAUGGGAGUUGCAGUUCAGGUUCCGGCCAAACGUGGCUACGUCGUCAGCGCCGCUCCCAGUCAGCGAAUGCACGGCCAACCCGCAAUGUCUCCGGAGCAUGUCAUGCAGCAACACAAGGCAUUCGUCGAGACGUGUCCCUUCCAGCGAGUCGAUCCUCGACUGAUCUACGCCGUGCCGCCGCCGCAGGCUCUUCCCACGCCGCCGUCAUCGGACUCGCACGCACAGGAUGCAAAGAGGCGGAGAUUCAAUAUGAGCGGUGGAUAUGUGCCAGCUCGCGAGGCGUAUCCUGAGGGAGCAUACGCCUAUGCGCAUUCACCUAUUGCUGCCAGUGCAUAUGCUCGUCCCGAGGUGCUGCAUCCAAUCCAUCAUGCUGCUCAGUAUCCCAUGCAGGCAAUUCCAAUCACAAAACCGGCCAUGAUGUCGCCUCCCCGUCCCGUAUACCCUCAUCCGCCACAGUUGCAACCCAUCCGACCUCCUCAAUCCCACCACCGGGCCAGAUCGUCAGUGGUGGCCCUUCCACCCAUCGAGACCGUGGUGCCCCAGACUCCAGUCAAAGCAUCUUCAGUGCAGUCGCAGAGUUCCGGUGUCGAGGCUAUGAUCAUGUCUAUCCCUGUAUUGAACAAAAUCAAGGUGCUUGCCCAGAUUUCUCCGCCGCUGCAACCUCCUGGCCCAACGUCUCCCAAGCCUGAUGUUCGCGGAGCCAUUAUCGCCGUCGAGGGUAUGGAUGCAAAAACCGUCGACAACAUGACCAACUCCCUGGCCGAGCAACUCGAGCGUGAAGGCAAGUUUGCAGUCCGCAUCUUCGGCGGACCAGAUCCAUACAAUUUGAUUCGAGAGGCGCGAAGACGAAAUAGUGGUCGUGACGGCAAUGGUGUCCGCCCGUUGACCACGGAAGCAUACUUGAGCAUGUUGAGCCAGUGGCACAAGGUCAACCAAGAGAUGGUCGAAUUUAUUACCACGAGGCCAGGAUCGGAGGCACCACAACAGAGUUCCAAACCGUCUAGCUCUGUGAACAGCAGCGGCAGCAGCAGCCCCCAACGGCGUGACUCGCAAUUGAUGGAGGGCGUGGAGGAAUCCGAGACAGCCACGGCGGAGACUCUAGCCAGCUUAAAGACAAUCUGUCAUUCUGGAGGAAUCAGUCCAAAGACCAUCACCAAAGCAGCCGAACUGUCCAUUAUGUCGCCUCCGCCAGGCAAACAGCGCAGCCAAAGCACUCCCGGAGUGUCCAUGCUACACAACGACAACAACAGUAAUUUCUCAAUGGUUCCUCCUCGUCCUCUACCCUUGGCCUUUCCACGACCUCUGAAUUCGAAACGCAUUCCACCGCCGCCGCCGACACCGCCACCGCCGCCAGCACCUCCGUUUACUGGUUCUGGUUCAGGGGUAUCGGGACAAUCGUCUCAGCAGCAGCAGCAGUCAGCGUCAUCAACUACAAUCCCAGACCCUGUACAGGUCCACCGUCCCUGGCGGAUGGCACCUCCACCACCAAGCAGUCUGGAGGAACAACAGACAUCAUCUCAAGGUGCUGCUACCAACAUCAAUUCCAAUCCAAACGCUAUUCCCAUCGCCCUGGUCCCUCACUACCAACUCACAACCGUCGACGCCUCAUCCAUCUCGAUGCCAAUUAGUGACGGCUUCUCCCCACCUGCGCACUGGCAAUGGUUCGCCACACUAUGGCGCGGCAGUGUCGGUCCGGACAUCACGGUCGUGAUUAAAGGUGUAGACGAGGAUUUGGAAGCUGCAAAUACUGGUCCUGCUCAGCCAGUUCCGACCACUGCAAACACGAAUACAAAUACAAACACAAACACAAGUACAAAUACACCUCCUCCUCCAGCAACGGCAGUAAGUACAAGUACACACCACGGUCACGGUCACGCUCCUCCACAACCACCUACACCCGCCUCGACCUCGAUCAAUGGCAACGGCGGCUUCGGGUCCGGGUUCGGCUUUGGUCACCAUGGUCAUCACGGUAGUAUCAGCAUCGCUCACCACAACGCUUUAGGUCAUAAUCCCAGCCCAGGUCCUCCUGCUACUACUAGUGGUCCUAAUGGACGCGACGCCAGAACUCCAUCCGUUGUCGCAACAACCGUCGAAGCAGCAGCAGCAACACCAACGACAGCGGCGACGACCACAAAUCCAGGACAGCAAUCACAGCCACCACAUCAGCCACAGUCACAUCAUGUUCCUACCCACGCCCCUUCGGGUGUCGAAAUCCGUCUCCACGACUGUCGCGCCGUGAUCGUCAAGACUGGAAUUGUCGGAGGCGAGGCCGGCGCCAGCGGCCAUACCACUACUUUAGCAUCGACAUCGGCAUCAGCAUACCACGCCAAAGAACUGGAAAAUUGGGAAAAAGCAAAACGCCGCGUCGGGUUUGAAGUCGACGAGUUUCUGAGGAGAUGA